UUGGUUCGCCUGGAGUCGCCCCUGGGAUUCCCCGGAAGUUUUUGUCUCCAGUUGCGUCAUCAUCCCCCGUGGUGCACACUGGGAAAAUUUGGAGUCAGAGAAAGCAAGAUGGCGGCCGGCAGCGGAACACGGCUCCAGGCACGGGGCCGUCCUCGGUAAAACCGUGCUCCGCAAGCCGCCCAAGAAAAAAAGGACUACUUUCGAUGCACGCCAAGAAACGAUACGCUCUUGUGCUCUUUUCGGGCCUGUUAUUGUUGUUGUUUUACUACGGAGGAGUACGCUUAUUAGGGGCUACAUCAGCCUCGGCCCGCCGUUCGGGGGGCGCCUGGGCCCCAGCCCCGCAUGGAGGGGGCCGAAGCCCGGCCAAGCUUGGAGCUGCUCGCUCCUACCUGCGCAGCUUCGCCGACUCGGACGACCAGGAGGCGGCGGAUCUGCACGCCGAGUCGCCGCGGCGGAGGCGGAUGGCCCGCUCGGCGCUGUACCGAAACGCCAAGUGUCGGAUGGAUACCUGUUGGGACUUCUCCCGGUGCCCACCGCACAAACCCUUCCGUGUGUACAUCCAUCCCAACGCCGAGUACACCGAUAACACCUUGGGGCCCGGGCCGCAGUCCGCCGCUUACACCAAGAUCCUCGAGGCCCUCAGACGUUCGGGGUACCUCGCUGAGCGUCCCGAGGACGCCUGUGUCCUUGUUCUAGCCGUGGACACUCUGGAUAGAGACCGGCUCAGCCCGGACUAUGUGUCCGGCGCGGCGCAGCGCAUCCAGGCGCUGCCUCUCUGGAACGGCGACGGUACGAACCACCUCGUCUUCAACAUCUACUCCGGCACGUGGCCGGACUACGCCGAGGAGCUCGGCUUUGACACCGGGAGAGCCGUGCUGGCGAAGGCCUCCUUCAGCAUGGACAAAUUCCGCCCCGGGUUCGAUAUUUCUAUCCCGCUGUUCGCUAAGGACCACCCCCAGCGUGGCGGGCGGCCGGGCGACCUGACCGCCAACACCUUCCCGGCCGCUACCGCCAACAAGUAUCUCCUCGUCUUCAAAGGUAAACGUUACCUGACCGGCAUAGGGUCCGAGACCCGAAACGCUCUGUAUCAUCUACACAACGGCGACGAUAUCAUUCUCACCACCACAUGUAAGCACGGCAAGAGCUGGAAAUCACACGAUGACGGCAGAUGUCAACAAGACCAGCAAGAAUUCGACAAAUAUGACUACAACACACUCCUGCACAAUUCUACGUUCUGUCUCGUGCCACGCGGGCGUCGGCUCGGGUCUUUCCGCUUCCUGGAAGCGCUGCAGGCAGCGUGCAUUCCCGUUAUCGAGGCAAACGGAUGGGAGCUCCCGUUUUCGGAGGUGAUUGAGUGGGACCGAGCCACUAUUACGGCUGACGAAAGGCUGCUAUUUCAACUUCCUUCUAUUCUGCGAGCGAUCCCGCCUGAAAAAAUCCUGGCCCUGAGGCAGCAGACACAGUUCCUCUGGGAAACUUAUUUUUCCUCAGUGGAAAGAAUAGUUCUUACUACAUUAGAGAUACUUAGAGAUAGAAUAAUGUCCCACCAAUCACGAAGUGCCUUUGUCUGGAACCGGCCGCCAGGCGCGCUCGCUGUGCUUCCAGAAUAUUCCGAGAACUUGGCGGACUUUCCCUUCUUCCGUUCGCCGCUGGGUCUGUCGCCGCCGCGGGGGUUCACGGCCGUCAUCCUGGCCACGUCACCCGUUAUCUCCCAGUCAGCGCCCAUUUAUAAAUUAAUCAAGGCCGUGGCCAUGUCUAAACAUGCUGCUCAGAUUGUAGUUCUAUGGAAUAGUGACAAGCCUUUGCCUGCAAAAAAUAGAUGGCCCCCGACGGGGAUUCCCAUCAUGGUAGUGAAGGGGCAGAGCAAGGUGAGCGGAAAGCAAAUGAGCAGCCGUUUCUUUCCUUAUGACAUCAUCCAGACAGAUGCCGUGUUAAGCCUGGAUGAGGACACCAUUCUCAACACAGACGAGGUUGAUUUUGCCUUCGCCGUGUGGGAGAGUUUCCCAGACCGGGUGGUGGGGUACCCGGCGCGGAGCCACUACUGGGACGAGGCCAAGUCGCGCUGGGGGUACACGUCCAAAUGGACCAACGACUACUCCAUGGUGCUAACUGGGGCUGCCUUCUAUCAUAGAUACUACAACUUCCUGUACACCCAUUGGUUGCCUGAGGAGGCGCGGCGGUUGGUGGACGAGGGCGACAACUGUGAGGACAUCCUGAUGAACUUCCUGGUCUCGCACGUCACCAAACUGCCGCCGAUCAAGGUCACGCAGAAGAAGCAGUACAAAGAGACAAUGCUGCAGGGGAAUAGCAAGUCGUCGCGCUGGGCCGACCCCAACCAUUUCUCCCAGCGGCAAACAUGCAUGAACGGCUUCGUGGAUCUGUUCGGCUACAUGCCGCUGAAACGCUCGCAAAUGAGACUGGACCCCCUCCUGUUCAAAGACCCUGUGUCCAACCUGAGGAAAAGAUACCGACAGCUGGAGCUGGUAUAGCAGUAGCUGGGCCACCCCACCCCCUAGCAUAGCCUCCUGAGGGUGUGAAGGGGGAUACGGUUAUUCCCCAAUUUGAUAAUGUUUAUAGAAUUGUACAAAUUUUGUUGUAUAGACGUGUCUUGAAUCCCGAAUGAAGAAAAUAGCUGUUUGUUGCAACUUUGAAUCAGAUAAAAAGACAAAAAAGUUCUAUGCAAGUUUUAUUUCUGGUCAGAGUAGUGUCGCCUGAAGUUCUUUUACCGGUAGAUUCCUGAAUAAAACAUGAGUUAUCACAAAAAAAAUACAGAUCUUUAAAACCCCUUUCACACCCUCACUUGUAAAACCCCAUAUGGCACCUUUGUUGUACAAAUUUAUUCGAUAGCCAUUGGUCGACGUGUACUUGACAAUCAGGCCUUCCCUUCACUUUGCCAAGAGGAGUAAAGCACAAAGUUCCAAAUUUUUCAACUCCAGAAGAAUCUAAACCUACCAGUUAUUUGGACUCGACUGUAGGCCCCAGAGAUACAGGGGACGGUACAAUGUACAUUUUUCAGUCAGGAAACAUCGGUUUGAAGAGCAAGUCAAAUUUUGCACAUGUGUGUCACAGAUUUUCUUUCGAAAUCCCUAAGAAAGAAAGUUCAACUGGCUGACAGAUUUGCUAGCGUCCCCUCCAACUCUGAGGCCUACUCUGUGUCAAAUUUCCUGCAAUAGAAAAAAAGUAUGACAGCAGCACCACAUGUUUUUAACUGGUUGUUUUAUUGAAUAUUGCGUGCUGCAUUUUUUGAAAAGAAAGUUGUAGGAUAUGUGGGGGAAGGUUUGACGACAGACAGACUUGUAUAGUUGUAGUUUUGAGGCGUUGUGCAAAACAGGGAUGGCGGUGCUAGGGUCAGCCCCAGAGUCAAGGUCAUACCGCUUGACCUUUGCCAUGACAUUUGUGUACCCAGACUGAUGACAUCACACCCACACGAGUAGUGCUGAUGUCACCCCAGUGUUGUGUAGAUGGGUUCUAACAGCUGCUAAGCAGUUGUGUGUAUGUAGAGAAAUUUUGACAAAGAACAUGCUAUUUUCUUAACUUUUCUAAUUCAGUCUUUUCUAGAUGGCUGUGUACUUAAAAUGACAGAUAGGUAAAGAUAAGAUGUUUAUGAUAAGGAAGCUGUUUAAAUGUCUUGCCUUUGUCAAUUGAUAAUGUUGAAAAUAAGCUGUAAGAUUGCAAGGCUUUCUGUAGCACUCAUGACAUACAAGAGGGUAUUUUUUAGGUCGGGUUGAAACAUUUUGUGAUCAUGCACAGUUUUCUGGAGAUCUUGAUUUAAAAAUCAUGAAAGAAACGAGGAAUGAAUUCUCUAUGACUGUUAUAAGAUAGGGUUAGAUAAUUAUGAUUGAUUGAACUUAGAUUUUAUUGAUAGAAUAAGAAUCUAACGCCCCCCCCCCCCUUCUUGGUAUCACCAGCUGUCACAUCAUAUUUUCCCAUGAUUCCAUUUGAAUAAGCUGGUUCACAGGUUGAAUUGGGCAUGUGCAGUAGAAUGCAUUGUGGGUAAUAUGUCAUGGUUAAAGACCCCUGGCAGUACAAUAAAGAAUGACCAUGAACUUUCAACUUUGACAUAUUACCCAUAAUGCACCACACUGCACAUGCGUGUUUCAAACUAUAUUUUUGGAUUUUUUGCAUCCAUAUUUACAUUACUUAUAAUUCGCACAAAGCACAUUAGAAGGUUAACCAUCUCCCUGUUAAUGUAGCCAUUUGGCACAAACUACACAUUACAGUUAGGCUGCAGGGAUAAGGUUAAACUUGACUGUCAGCAGCUAGUUUACUACUGUCAAAAUCCUAAAUACUACUGGUGAACAAGCCCUUGCUAAGUUAGUAUGGUUCUGGUUCAGUUAAUUCUUGGCCAGACCAAAAUCUUCAAAAUAUUGUUCACAGAAAGUAUGUUGAGGUACAAUUGGCCUCUUUUAAUGCUCUUUUUUUCAGGGGGUAUUUUUGUGGUAUAGAAGAAAUAAGAAUAGAAUUGUGCAGUUCCAGAAGUUGGUAAACUUUGGAGAAAAUUUGGGUUUCCUAUGCUAUACUUUAUACAUGGGGAAGGGCGGAAACAAUACUGUCAGUCUUAUAGUAAGGUCUGUGUAGUGUUGCACGGCGGGUUUCUUGCGUGUUUCGGACAUGUUGGUUUCUCCACUUCUUUACUUUGCUGUGUGUAUUGUCUGGUUUAGUUUGUUGAUGCUAUUUUUGUGUAAAAGGCAGUGAAAAAUAUUGGUGGGGUAGUUCCUUCAGUUAGGGUUAAUUCAUGCUUUGACAUCUGCAAUACAACACAACAUUAGGACUAUGUCAUGACAUGACCUUUGGACUUUGAUGUGACCUUUGACCUGACCUUUGGCAUUGACAUGACCUUUGGUCUUUGACAAUAGAUUUUUUUUUAACUGUAAACCUCGAAAGCAACUUAACAUACAUUGGCAAUGGUGACAAAAUUUCUUAAAUCAAACUACGUUUUCUCAAAGCAUUUUCUACAUUUGCAAAGCCUGCUCUGCUUUUUUUCCGUGUUUUUAAGUUCAUUGUUGUGAAAUCAGUUUACAUACAUGAUAGUUGUGUUUAGUAUAUUGAGAAAAGGUAUUGGUGGUAUUAUUAUUUUUUUUCAAAUAGUCCAAUAUGGCUGCAGCAAAUGAAUGUCCAGGUAGAAUUCUACAUUUUACCUGUUUAGGCUUUAACUUCUUUUAUUUUUUUUCCUGGAUUGUGCAAAAUGUAAUGGUUGUCAAUAUUAUGUACAAAUCUUAUGUAUAUUUAUUUGCCGCAAAAUCUGUAUAGUGUACAAAUGUGUAAACCAUGGCUAAGCGAGAAUUGUAAGGUUUUUUUUUUGUCAUUUCUUUUUUUUCUUGGCAUUUGGCUGCUGUUGAAAGAACUUGUGUGGCAAGUGUAGAGGGACUGUGGCUACAUCUGUAGAUCAGAAGUUUUUAGGUAUCGGCUUGUAACGCUAACAAAAAAUAAACCUGACAUCAGAGUGUUAAUAUAAGACUCCCCCUGUUACGGAAUGGAAUGACCGUACCAAAGCAUAUACAUGUAUUACUAAUCUUUGGGAUAGGCCAUUCCAUUUUACAAAAGGAGGUGCUGCCUGCAUAAACCAAAAUAUACGAUUCACCGAAUGUUAAGAUUAGGUGGAUAAGAUUUGGAAAAUUUCAAUUUCUUCCAUUUUUGGCAAUGCCUCAGUGGCGGAGCCUUUUCGUUUUAAGAUUGAAAUGUGCCAAUUUCAUACCUUUGGGGCCAUACAUGUGUAACAUGAGCUGUCCAAUAGAAUUCAAUGUCUUCCUGUUCCUAAAGUAUAAGAAUGUUUUUAAACCCUGAAUAUGCCCAAAUUGUCAGACUUGGUUGACUUUCUAUAAUGUUUUGAGACGACGUCAUAUUGAACCUCUGACAUAUUACACUUUGUCCAUCUUUCAGGUUGCAUAUUGUUUUUAUGCCUUGGCUCAAUUGUUUGUUAACAUAGAUGUAAACAGGUGAUUCUUGUACUUUGAAAUGAGUAUAUGUGCAAAUGUCGCAUCCCUUUUGUAAUCUAAACAAUGAUAAUUAUAAUAACCUUGCCGAAAUA